GGGUGCCACGGCGCUGCGGCGCGGGGGAGUCCUUUACAAAGAAACUCGGGGGCCCGCGAAGAGAGAAUUUCACCCCUAGGACGUCCUAGAAAUUCAGGUCUUCUGGGAAAAGGGCUAGAGACGCGCGGAGCCAGACCGGCAGCGCGUUGCUUUUUCCGUGCUGCUCGCUUCCCAUCUCGGUAUUUCCCUUGGACAUUAACUUGAAAAUCUGAAGAAAUGGCAUUCCAGGCAAUUUGCAUGUUGGUUGGAGUAUUUGUUUGUUCUAUCUGUGUAAAAGGAUCUUCUCAGCCCCAAGCAAGAGUUUAUUUAACAUUUGAUGAGCUUCGAGAAACCAAGACCUUUGAAUACUUCAGCCUUUCUCACCAUCCUUUAGACUACAGGAUCCUAUUAAUGGAUGAAGAUCAGGACCGGCUAUAUGUGGGCAGCAAAGAUCACAUUCUUUCCUUGAAUAUUAACAAUAUAAGUCAAGAAACUUUGAGUGUUUUCUGGCCAGCAUCUACAAUCAAAGUCGAAGAGUGCAAAAUGGCUGGCAAAGAUCCCACACAUGGCUGUGGGAACUUCGUCCGCGUAAUUCAGGCUUUCAACCGCACUCAUUUGUAUGUCUGUGGGAGUGGUGCUUUCAGCCCAGUCUGUACUUAUGUGAACAGAGGGAGGAGAUCAGAGGAUCAAGUUUUCAUGAUUGACUCAAAGUGUGAAUCUGGAAAAGGACGGUGCUCUUUUAACCCCAAUGUGAACACAGUGUCUGUUAUGAUCAAUGAGGAACUUUUCUCUGGAAUGUAUAUAGAUUUCAUGGGGACAGAUGCUGCUAUUUUUCGAAGUUUAACUAAGAGGAAUGCAGUCAGAACUGAUCAACACAAUUCCAAAUGGCUAAGUGAGCCUAUGUUUGUCGAUGCACAUGUCAUCCCAGAUGGAACUGAUCCAAAUGAUGCUAAGAUUUACUUCUUCUUUAAAGAGAAACUGACCGACAACAGCAGAAGCACAAAACAGAUUCAUUCCAUGAUUGCCAGAAUUUGUCCUAAUGACACCGGCGGACUGCGGAGCCUUGUCAACAAGUGGACAACUUUCCUAAAAGCGAGGCUGGUGUGCUCGGUGACUGAUGAAGAUGGCCCGGAAACACACUUCGAUGAAUUAGAGGAUGUAUUUCUGCUUGAAACAGAUAAUCCAAGGACAACACUAGUGUAUGGCAUUUUUACAACAUCAAGCUCAGUUUUUAAAGGAUCCGCAGUGUGUGUGUACCAUUUAUCUGAUAUACAGACUGUGUUUAAUGGUCCUUUUGCCCACAAGGAAGGGCCCAAUCAUCAGCUGAUUUCCUAUCAGGGUAGAAUUCCAUAUCCUCGCCCUGGAACUUGCCCAGGAGGAGCAUUUACACCCAAUAUGAGAACCACCAAGGAGUUCCCAGAUGACGUUGUCACUUUCAUUCGGAACCAUCCUCUUAUGUACAAUUCUAUCUACCCAAUCCACAAAAGGCCUCUGAUCGUCCGAAUAGGCACUGACUAUAAGUACACGAAGAUAGCUGUGGACCGAGUGAAUGCUGCUGAUGGCAGAUACCAUGUCCUGUUUCUUGGAACAGAUCGGGGUACUGUGCAGAAGGUGGUGGUUCUCCCGACUAACAGCUCUGCCAGUGGUGAGCUCAUCCUGGAGGAGCUGGAAGUUUUUAAGAAUCAUGUUCCUAUAACAACAAUGAAAAUUUCAUCUAAAAAGCAACAGUUGUAUGUGAGCUCCAACGAAGGGCUUUCCCAAGUGUCUCUGCAUCGCUGCCACAUCUACGGCACAGCCUGCGCCGACUGCUGCCUGGCCCGGGACCCUUACUGCGCCUGGGACGGCCACUCCUGCUCUAGGUUCUACCCAACCGGGAAGCGGAGGAGCCGAAGACAAGACGUGAGACAUGGCAAUCCACUGACCCAAUGCAGAGGAUUUAAUCUCAAAGCAUAUAGAAAUGCAGCUGAAAUUGUUCAGUACGGAGUAAAAAAUAACACCACUUUCCUCGAGUGUGCCCCCAAGUCUCCGCAGGCAUCUAUCAAGUGGUUGUUACAGAAAGACAAAGACAGGAGGAAAGAGGUCAAGCUGAACGAGCGCAUCAUCGCCACCUCCCAAGGACUCCUGAUCCGCUCCAUCCAGGACUCUGACCAAGGACUGUAUCACUGCAUCGCAACGGAAAACAGCUUCAAGCAGACCGUAGCCAAGAUCAACUUUAAAGUGUUAAAUUCCGAAAUGGUAGCGGUUGUAACAGACAAAUGGUCCCCGUGGACCUGGGCCAGCUCUGUGAGGGCUUUGCCCUUCCACCCCAAGGACAUCCUGGGGGCCUUCAGCCACUCGGAAAUGCAGAUGAUCGACCAGUACUGCAAGGACACGCGGCAGCAGCCGCUGGAGGAGGCCCCGAAGAUGAGAGGGGACUACGGCAAGCUCAAGGCCCUCAUCAACAGCCGCAAGAGCAGGAACAGGAGGAACCAGCUGCCGGAGUCCUAAUGUCUUCUUACCUGGGGCCCUGCUUCCCCCAGUCUGUCUUCAGUGAUCCAACUUGGAACGAAGAAUCUUGCUCUUACCCGCGGGCAAUGCCCGAGGGUGAUUACACAGGCCUGCAGUGAAUGCUACCUGACCCGCAACCAGCAUGCUUUUCUUGUAGGGUACUGACUAGCCGUAGACAUGUCGUGGUCCUCAUGGUGCAGAUAAAUAUUUAAAUUAACCUAGAUUUUAUUUAUGUCUUUAUUUACCUUUUCUUCAAAUCAUUACGGUGGUUGUCCAGCUAGAAUUCUUACGUCCCUUGGUUGAACGAGGGCCGUAACCCCGUGACCUUCCUUCCUUGCUUUAAGGAUUUUUCAUUGUCACCGAUUUUAUAUAUGCAAACAAAUACCAAAUCCACAACUUUUACAUAGUAAAGUAAUAUAAAUGCAUGUGACAGAGUAGCCGUCUAAAGAAAUGUAGAAGAGAAGAAUCGACAAAGAAGAGGGCAUCUGAAAGUUACAUAAAAACAAAAGUGGCUCCUAAAGAGAAAAGUUUAUAUGCUUCCAGAGAAAUAUGUUGUUGGUUACUUUCAAUUUUCUAAAAAUUGUCAGUAGCUGAGAUCUGUCAUGGACUCUUGUUCCCUCAUUUCAGAAGAUAAAAUGAAUGACCCUCACUAUAAAUGUCUUUGAUUUGAGUUAUGUCAGUAUAGCAUUUAAGUUUAUAUUCUUAUGUUACUGUCUUCCAAACAAAAGCACUUUUUUUGGAAGUCAUUUAAGUUAUUCUAGACUGAGAGACUAUAAUCUAAUACUUUUUAAUAGAUUAUUUAGUUCUAAUUUUUUAGUCUCUGUGGCAAGUUAAACAAUAUAAGAAGAAACACUUUUUGAAAUUUCAAACAUGUAUUUGAGGCACAAAACCUACCAAAGUGGAAUAAUAAGAAAAACUGAAGAAGAAAAUGCAAUUUUAUUAGCAAAAGUUUAUAAAAAACAUGACUAGGUUUUAACUUUAAUAAUUAAUUCCAUAAUUAACUUUUUUUUUUUUUUGGUUUACCAACCUUAGAUAUCAUAUUGAUUUUUAAGUAACCAGUCCAUUUUUAAUGAUCUUUUGUGUGUGCUGGAGAGGUGUUCAUUUUGUGGAGAAAUGAAAAAAACAACAACACACUUAGUCUGAACAAAAAUAGACAUAACUUUCUUUUGAAAGAAUGUUAAUGCAUUGUGUUCACUGGUAUGUAAAUACAAAUGUGGGAAGUUUUGUGAUGAAUAAAAUAAUUAUCUUCUAGUUGUAUGUUUGAAUCAUUUUAUUAGAAUAAUUUAAUAUUGAGUUUUUUACUCCAAAUAACAAUUAGAUGAAAGGAACAUGGAAAUUUUCUUCGUACUUUCAUAUUUCUUUUAAAGUAAAAAAUGUUGCUCUUUUAUUUUAUUUACCUUUAAAGAUAUUUUCAUGUUUCCAGGUACAAACAGAAAUUGCAUGAUACACUUAAUCAAAAUUUAGUACAAAAGUUUUAUUUGUGGUUAACAAUCCCUGAAGAAUGUUAUCAAGGUAAACAUGUCGCCUUUUGAAGCACUGCAAUAUAUAAACUUCAAGAACUAAAAAUCAUUGUCAAAAUGAAUGUAAUCACUGAUCAUUAGAAUCUAAGAAUAUGAUUAAUUAUCUAAGUGGUGGUAAAUUAUAUUAUAAGAGGAGGCCUCAAGGGGGUGAAAAUAGUUGAACAGAACAUAAAUAUGUUCAUUUUUAAAGAAAAGCUAUUAAUUAAAUCUAUUGUUGCAAAUGUGUAUGAUUCUAAAGUAGUCUCUAAAGCAAAUUAUAUAAAUAAUUUGCCUACAUAAAGAGUGUAAAUAAACCUCUUUAUUUCUCCUCUAUGUGCAGAAAUAGAAAAGUGUGUAAAGCCAAAACCAUCUUCUGUGUUUAUGGUCAAGCUAUUCUGUGUACAGAGUUGAAAGUACAAUUGUUGUAGAGUCAAAAGACAGGGGAAACUACACAGGUCUUCUUGCUUCAUAUAAAUUCAACUGAUAGAUGAUAAGAGUGUUUAGUUUUGUAAUAUUAUUUGUGCUAUUUAAUACCUUUUACUUUAACAUUAUUAAAUUGUAUAUACUUUUAUUACUUUUAAAAUUAUAGAAAUCCUUGAACAGAGCUCCCAAAUGUAAAGAAAAAUUUCUUUUUCAAAAAUAUUGUUAACAUAUACUGAAUGUUGGUGGUUGAUUGGUUUUAUUUUGUGUAGUUUGACAAUUCAAAGACUUAAUAUGUUUUCCAUGUGUGUUGUAUAUAACAUUUCCUAGAAAAGCACUUUUUUCAAAGUGUAGAUUUGUGAAUAGAUUUUAGCAUGAUGAAACUGUCAUUACAGUGAAUGUUCACUCUGUGUAAGAAAAUAAGCUAAAUGUAGUUAGUAAAUUAAUAUUUAAUUGGAUACUGAAUAAAGCAUUUGCCUGACAAAA